UGAAUAAAGAAUUUACAAAAAAAUUAAUUAGAAGGUGAUCAGAAUAUUAAUUGUUAAAUUUAUGAAGAGGCUCUAUUAGAAAUUGAUUAUUAAAAAUAAAAGAUCACAAAGAGUUGAAAAGGCAGAUAAUAAGGAAAAAAUGAGGAUAUAGAAGAAAACAAAAAAAGAAAUAAAAUGGUUGGGAAUGUAUGACCUGCCAUGAAAUAUUC